AUGAGGGUGACAUGGAUCACUGAAGACGAUGCACCGGCAGUCGUGGAGUACGGCACGACCUCAGGCCAGUACCCAUUCUCAGCGACAGGAACCACCACGAGCUACUCGUACCUAGCCCUCUACCACUCGGGGAACAUCCACGACGCCGUCGUCGGCCCACUGAAACCCAGCACCACGUACUACUACCGGUGCAGCUCCGACCCGUCGCGCGAGUUCUCCUUCCGGACGCCGCCGGCCAGCCUCCCCUUCACCUUCGUCAUCGUCGGUGACCUCGGACAGACCGGCUGGACCAAGAGCACGCUGCAGCACAUCGCGGCCACCGACUACGACAUGCUCCUCCUCCCCGGCGACCUGUCGUACGCCGAUUUCCUCCAGCCGCGCUGGGACUCGUACGGCCGGCUCGUCGAGCCGCUGGCUAGCGCGCGGCCGUGGAUGGUGACCGAGGGCAACCACGAGAUCGAGAGGAUCCCGCUCCUCGAGCCGCGUGCCUUCAAGGCCUACAACGCGCGGUGGCGCAUGCCGUACGACGCCGGCGACUCCCCGUCGGGGUCGAACCUCUACUACUCCUUUGACGUCGCGGGCGGCAUGGUGCAUGUCAUCAUGCUAGGCUCGUACACGGGCUUCGAGGCCGGCACGGCGCAGCACGAGUGGCUGCGGGGCGACCUCGCCAGGAUCGACCGCGGCAAGACGCCGUUCGUGGUGGCGCUGGUGCACGCGCCGUGGUACAACAGCAACGAGGCGCACCAGGGGGAAGGCGACGACAUGCGGGACGCCAUGGAGGCGCUGCUCCGCGCGGCGCGCGUGGACGCGGUGUUCGCGGGCCACGUGCACGCGUACGAGAGGUUCACGCGCGUCUACGGCGGCAUGGAGGACCAGUGCGGGCCGGUGUACGUGACCAUCGGAGACGGCGGGAACCGGGAAGGGUUGGCAGACGAGUAUAUCGACCCACAGCCCAAGACGUCGGUGUUCCGGGAAGCGAGCUUCGGCCACGGCAGGCUGCAGGUGGUGAAUGCGACACACGACGACGACCAGCCGGUGGUGGCCGACCAGGUGUGGAUCGCCAGUCUCGCUUCUAACCCGGAUUGUAACAAUCCAGCGGGAACGGGGGCUCAGGCCUGA